CAAAAUAAUCCAUUUGUACACAACCCGUCGCUCAUUCAGUAUGGCUACUCGAGCGCCGCUUCUGCGCAAGGCUUCAGGGAGUCGCCUGAAGCCUGUGGCAGACUCCCUGGAGACCGUGGGCUUCGUAUCCAAAGGAGACCGGAAAUUGCUAGAUCACAAAGCUCAGAAGGAUUACUAUGACAGUAUUGUUAAAAGAUAUAUGGAGUUCUGCGCUCGUCAUGCGAAAGACUUGGACGCCGCCUGGACUUCUCUCCCCAAGAGCGCCUCGGAUGACGCAACCAAGAACCCGCCAGCUUCCCUCCCCUCGAAACCAACCGGAACAACCACUCCCUCGCCAGCAUCAGAGCUAUCUACUAUUCUUCUCUCCCUUCGGAAGCUCCGAGAGGCCGUCUUGGCCACUGCAUCCACAAUCCCUAAUAUUUUCUCCCAACAAGUCCAUCUCUUCUCGGUCAAGGUCGCCAUUCAAGCCCAACAUCCUCCCUCGUACUCUCCCUCCCUCCGAUACCUCAUUGAAGAGCUCCACAGUCCAUCGCAUCCACUGCCAGACUCCGACUUGAAGGAGGUUAUCUCGUACCAGAUUCUCGAUUAUGCUUGCCGGCUACAGGACUUGGGCGCCGCUUACGAGCUGCGUGCACGUGCGCGGAGGAAGUAUGCGUUCCAUUCGUCCGUGGUCGAUGAAGCUUUGCAUGCGCUCGCACAUGAUGACUGGGUUAUAUUCUGGCGGAUCCGUAGGGGAGUAGAUUCCAACAUGCGCGCCGUCAUGAACUGGGCUGAGGACCGGGUUAGGAGACACGCUCUCAAGGCCGUGGGCAAGGCUUAUCUCCACACGGAUAUCAAGUGGAUCACAGAAGGUUGCACCGGAGAGAAGAACUUGACGUGGGAGAAACUGGUGGAGAUGGAGAAGCUCGGGUGGCAGAAAGAAGGCGACAAGAUUAUCAUUAGGCGGCCGAAGCAGAAACCGCCGGUCAAUUUGACCCCUAUCAAAGAGGCUGCGUGAUGACGAACGGUCACUUUUGUCACUUUAUCAAUGCAUGGCGCUUUAGGGCUUGGGGAUAUGGCGUUUGGUCUAGGGUAAAUGUUUGAAUUGGUUUAGCCAUAGCAUAUUGACGAAUAGCGUCGAGCCGCGAUCGGUUCCUCGAUUAGCGGGGUUGUUAGGCAUCGUUAU